UACGCCCGAAGAAUGAUGUUUCCAGUGUUCCAGAGAAGGCUUGGAAAAUAGUUAAGGUAUAUGCUCGUAUGUCAGAAGUCUUAGGAAUAACAGAUGACAACCAUGUUCUGGAAACAUUCAUGACGAAAAUUGUUACAAACCUUAAGUACUGGGGAAGAUGUGAGCCUGUAAUCUCAAGGACUCUUCAGUUCCUAAGUGACCUUUCAGUUGGCUAUAUCCUUUUAAAAAAACUUGUGAAAAUAGAUGCUGUGAAAUUCAUGCUGAAAAACCACACGAGUGAGCACUUCCCGUUUCUUGGCGUCAGUGAUACUUACAGUGUGGGUGACUUCAAGUGCCGGACAACCUUCUACACAGCCCUCACUCGCCUUCUGAUGGUAGAUCUGGGUGAAGAUGAGGAUGAAUUCGAGAAUUUUAUGCUGCCUCUCACAGUCUCUUUUGAAACAGUGUUACAAAUAUUCAACAAUAACUUUAAACAGGAAGAAGUAAAGCGUAUGUUGAUCGGGCUGGCAAGAGAUCUUCGAGGGAUUGCCUUUGCACUGAACACAAAGACCAGCUACACCAUGCUGUUUGACUGGAUGUACCCAGCCUAUCUCCCAGUUCUCCAGAGAGCUAUUGAACGGUGGUAUGGAGAACCCGCAUGUACUACUCCGAUCUUAAAACUCUUGGCAGAACUGAUGCAAAACAGGUCUCAGCGUUUGAAUUUUGAUGUAUCCUCUCCUAAUGGAAUUCUUCUCUUCAGAGAAGCCAGCAAAAUGAUUUGCACCUACGGAAAUCAGAUCCUGUCUCUUGGAAGUCUCUCCAAAGAUGAGAUUUAUCCAAUGAAACUCAAGGGCAUCUCCAUCUGCUACUCAGCUCUCAAGUCUGCAUUGUGUGGAAAUUAUGUCAGCUUUGGCGUCUUCAAGUUGUAUGGGGACAACCAUUUUGACAAUGUACUCCAGGCCUUUGUCAAAAUGCUGCUUUCGGUGUCCCACAGUGACUUGCUGCAAUACCGGAAGCUGAGCCAGUCUUACUAUCCCCUGCUGGAAUGUCUCACCCAGGACCACAUGAGCUUCAUCACCACCUUGGAGCCUCCUGUGCUCCUGUACGUUCUCACAUCUCUCUCAGAGGGACUCACCACGCUUGACACAGUGGUCUCCUCCAGCUGCUGUACCAGUUUAGACUACAUGGUCACCUAUCUCUUCAAGCACAUAGCAAAAGAAGGGAAGAAGCCACUUCGAAGCAGAGAGGCUAUGCAGGCUGGUCAGAGACUGUUACAUUUUAUGCAACAAAACCCAGAUGUCCUGCAGCAGAUGAUGUCUGUCCUCAUGAACACCAUUGUCUUUGAGGAUUGUCGGAACCAGUGGUCAGUAUCCAGGCCUCUCUUGGGGCUCAUCCUGCUCAACGAGAAGUAUUUCAGUGAACUGAGGGCGAGUCUGAUAAACAGCCAGCCACUCCCCAAGCAGGAAGUCCUUGGCCAGUGCUUCAGGAACUUGAUGGAAGGAGUGGAACAGAAUCUGUCUGUCAAGAACAGAGACAGGUUUACCCAGAACCUGUCCGUCUUCAGAAGAGACGUGGCAGAGGCCCUGCGUAGUGAUGGCCACACCGACCUAUGCAGCCUGGACAUGAUGAGCUGACCCAGCUCCUGAGCGUGGGCUGUGCAGCCUUUGUCAAGAGGCUCUGGAAGGUCUGGGUUCCAGACUACGAUGCUGGCCAGCCCAGAAGAGUGUAUUUUUCAGAACAAGCAGCUAAAGCCCUACAUUUUUAUAAGUCUGAGCUAAUUAUAAAAAUUUAUAAUAGUGCACAUACAAUGUAAAUUCAGUAUUCAAAGCAGCACAUGUUUCAAGUCUAUCUGGGUUCCCACAAUGCUGAAAGGUCUAGAAACUGUAUUUAACCAAAGAACAUAGUAAACCAGGCUAGUACCUGUGACCAAGGCUGUGGAUUUGGUGAAGAUGCAGCCCUCACUUCAGUGUGGGUCCUGGAUCGAGACAGGCGCCAUCAGAACCUGUUGGAUUUAGUCUUUACAUCUGGAAAAUGCUAUAUUAGGGACUGGGGGCUGUGGGCAUUGACAAGGAGCUUGGGGGGAAGCAUCAUAAAACCUCCCCCAGAACUGCACACAGGCCUUCCUGCCUCAGCAAUAUCUGAUAAAGUUCAGAGACAGUAACACAAUUAGAUGACUAACAAACAAUGUUUGCCCUCCACUGGCAUAAAUCUAAAGUGGUUCAGUCUAGAAGAAUUAGCUCUGCAAUUGCUGCCUGCAGAGAGUUGUGUUUAACACUCUGGAAGCCUGGUUAGAAGUUCUAGGUGCAAAGCUCCAUUUAACUUGAAGGAAAGCUGAGGGUGGUAAGUCGUAUCUGGAAGCAGCUCUGCCUUCUUGGACCACCCAGCAGAGUUCAACUGUCGCCUUCCACCUUCCGCCUUCCACCCUCCACCCUCUGCCUUCCACACGCUUAACCACUGUUGGAUGUGACUUCAUCCAAACAUAGGAAAUGAAGGCCUUUACAGUUUGUGACCCAUCAAACCUAAGCUAUUAAUUUGGGAUUGCCACUGUCAGGCAGGUUUCCUAUCUCACUGCACUGACUUUAGCGUUCAGGCUUACAAUAAACACUGUGGCCAUAAUGUCUGAUCAGACAUGAAAGGCUGACCUCACUGUUGCAGGGGAAAAUCCACAGGCUCUUGUUGUAAUCUCAUUUCUCAGACUAGUGUUUCUUCAAACCUUUCUUGAUAGUUGAGUUUUGCAACAAGCUUGUCAUAUGAAAGCAAGUCACCUAAGUUCAUGUCCAAGUGUUCGUCUUCCAUGUGCAAAGGGAGCGGGGGAAGCGGUGAUCUGGACGAGACUGCCUGUGGUGUUUAGCAGGCAGGUAAGCCUGACCCAUACUCCUCCUACUCCAUUAGGGAAUAGGACUUUCCUAGAGAGACAAACCCUGUACUUAGAAAUGUCAGCUUUCAAGGAGCUUGACAAGAAUUUCUCUUUGGUUUUUGUUUAGUUUUUAACUUGUUUAGUUUUGGUUUUCUGAGCCUCCCUCUGUAGCCCAGGCUGGCCUGGAACACACUGUGACAUUUCCACAGCCUGCUCAGUGAAGGUUGACAGGUGUCGGCCACAAUGCCUGGCUUGUGUGUUUGUGGGCAGGGAGGUUGUAGCUGCCCUCUUCCCACAGCGCUGCACACGAUUCCCCGCUCCAGCACCGGCUCACAGAGGCCU